UUAGCUGCUGGGCUUUUAACACAUUGUGAUAGAGCUAUUAUUAGGAGCAAUGGAUUAUCAAUCAGGAAUUAAUCCUGACUGAUGUGCUUGACCCAACUGGAAAAGGACCACACUCGUUGCUUCACUGUUCAUCUGUGUUCUCAUUUGUUUUCUUCAGGAGCUGACAUGAGAGAUGAGAUGUUUUUUUCUGUUUUGUGCUCAAACUUUUGCCAGCUCCUGCUUCUCAGGACACGAGGCGCUCGCUGAGGGAGGCACUGGUCUGUCUAGCUAAUUCAUUCAAUCAUCUUCCUCUCCUUCGUCUCUUUGCCUGACUGGCUGCUGAGCUGACUUGACUCCCUGGAUGGUUGGCUCCCUUUCUCACUGGACUCUCACUGGCAGUUCGCUCACACGCUGCGCGAGCUUCGCUGAGAUAGGGGUGGAGAGAGACAGCUGGGCUGCUCCGUGUUUGGAAAGUGGGAUCUUUGCUAGAUUUCUCUUUGUGCCUGGUUUGGUGGAGUAUUAGAUGAGAGCAGGGAAAAUCUGUGCCUAGCUGUCCUUCAGCGCAGACCACUGACUGUCACUACUGUGCUGCAUCCAUGACUUUACAUACCUGGCUGGUGUAUGGGUUUGGAUUUAUAUUGGUUUGGACACUCUGCUUUGCACGAGUCCAUAGUCUGCAGUGCUAUGGCUGUAACAUCAUCCAGGGCCAGAGGUAUGUUGACGUGGGCUGCUCCAACCCAGAGGUCAUCACCUGCCCCCACUCUCACAAAGGCUUCAAACAUCGUUUCUGCAUCAAGACAGAGAGCACGGCCCUGGGUAUCGUCCUGACAAGUGGUUGCGCUACAUCCAGACACUGCCAGCAACAAGAACUGCCAGGGGUGCGAAUCCACUGUUGUGGCUCAGACCUAUGUAACAGCACCCCCUUCUGGCAUCCCAGCACACUCCACUAUAUCUGUGCACUGCUCACCCUCUUACUGCUAAGGAUGUGGUUGUGAUGUGAAAUAACUCUCAAGAGAAACAUAAAAUCAGUGGCCUCUUUUCAUAGCUGCUCAUGUGUAUGACUGAAUUGGGGGAUUUUUGCUCAGUAUGGCUUUAUUGGUAUGCACCUUUAAAUUGUGGUGUUCACAUUGCUUGGACUUACAGUCAGAGGGGUGGCAAAAAUAACCUUGUAAAUAAAAAAUAAUGGUGAAGCAGCUUGCAGCCAUCAGUGAAUUUAUGUCCACAUCCACUUACUGUACCUUAAAGUAUGGAAUAUUAUGGAAGUGAGUAAUGACACUUUAUAUGAGCAAAGCAGUAACACACUGACUUCAGUUGAAUUCACUUGUACAGGAAGACAGUCAUUUCCUUCCUUGGUUAAAGUGUUCACUAUCAUUUUUAAGAUAACAUUUUUGUGUGGUGUCCUCUGUGAACUCACAGGCUAUUCAUAUUGAAUUGUUUUAUAAUGUUAUUAUUAGUUGGGAACGCACACUGCAUGUGGUUCUUCUCUCUAUGUUUGUAAAAAAAAAAUUGUUCAGUGACAGCAUGUAAUAUUGUGGAAAACAUAUUAAAAUGUUUGAUAUUUUUCAAAAGAAAAUGGGUUUGAACUUUGGUAGUUUAUUUUUGUGCAUAUAGUCUGAACUUGCGUCAAACCAUUUUCUUCUACUUGUUACAUUCACCCUGUCUUUGGACUGUGGGAGGAAGUCGACGUACCCAAAGAGAACCCACGGAAGCAAGGUGAGAACAUGCAAACUCCUCACUGAAAGGCCCAAGUCAGCUGCUGGAUUCAAACGCAGGACCUUCUUGUUGUGAUGCCACAGUGCCAUCCACUGCACCAUUGUGCUGAUCAGAAUAAUCAGAGCAAAAAUUAAAAGAGCAAAAA